CAUUCACUCUGGGAUCGCUCCUUCUCUUAACUACUCUACGUCCUUUUGUCGUCUCCGGCAUAUCAAUUUCAUAUCCAGCUCCAGCAACACCAUAACAGAUACAAUCUCAGCUACAUCUCUAUCUCCAUUCCAAUCACCUGCAGCACUACAACGACUACCACUCCUCCCAUGCCCACCCACUCCGAAGUCACCCGCUUCAUCUCCUCGCUCCUCCCCCCAAAACCAAACGACAUCCCCCUCCUCUACCACAUCCCCCAAUCCCGCACCUACAACUUCGACACAGCCCCCUGCGACCAAGUCGUCCUCUCCGUCACCCCGACAGCAGGCGUCUACGCCCUGCUCGGCCCGGAUCCCCCCAACUCCAGAACAACAAACUCACCAGACGACGCACGCCGCCCAGGCAGCGAGGAACCCCGUCCCCCGAACACCAUCGCCUUCCUCCACCGCCCGGACCAUCUCGACCGCAGCAGGAUACGUGACAACGUCCUCGUCCUCGCGAGCCACACCUCAUUCACCGAACACCUAACCCUAGGCUGGAACCCCUACCUCGCCGCGCGCCUAGGCGUCGACACAUCCCCAUCCAGCAACACCUUCAUCCCCGUGCCCUCCCCCACCCCCACAGACCCCGACCGCCGCAUCGGCGCCCUCGCGAGAAUCAACACCAUCCUAGGCCCCCUGCUCGACGCCAUCGAGUUCGAAUUCGGCGCCAUAGAAGCCGCGCAGGAAGGGCUAAGCGAGGAGAUUCACAUUUUGGCACUGAUGAACGAGUUCGGUGCCGAUGAUGUGCAUCGUGUACUGGAUUUGGCGGUUGAGCAGGGGUGGGUGAGGAGUGAGAGACGGUUGGGGAGGCAUGUGGUUUGUUUGACGGGGAGGGCGAGGGGGGAGGGGCUGGAGGAGGCGGGGAGGAGGGGGUGUACGGUUGUUUGUGUCGGGGAGGGGGUGGGGGAGCAGUGGGGGAUUGGGUUCAUGGCGGCGAGGGUGAGGGAGGAGUUUGGUGGGAGGGGGAAUGGGGUGAGGGUUAGGGAGGUUUAUGAGGAUGAGUUGGGUGGUUAG